ACAACAGGGCCACCAGAGUGCACUGAUGUCACUGCAGCAGUAGCAGAUUCUGUACAAACAACACAGACUAUUAAAUCUCAGUCAAUGUCAUAUGUUCUUUCAAAGAAAAACUCCAGCAAAGAGCAGACUUUCUACAGAAAGAACAAAUAUGACGAUAAAGUUCCAGAGAACACAAAUGCAUUAGAAGUGCUCUUGGAAAUGCGAAAAAAAAUUGGCUGGGUAGUUGAUAUUCCAAGACAUGGUCCCAGUUCAAAAGAGAAGAUGUGCAAACUAAAAGAUAUUCCACAUACUAACAAAGAAACAGAGAAUACAAAAGAGGAUGAUGGAGAAUUUUUCUACUGCUUGCCCAGCAAUCGAGGCCACUUGAGAGCUCAGUAUAACCCCUAUGACCUGCAGGUGGUGUCAGCUGAUACAGCACGAUCUGAAAAUAUGUUUUUCACAAUCAGUGCUUCAUAUGUUACAAUGUGCUAUGAGACAGAAGAUGAGAGGAAAGAAUCUAAUGUAACCCCUGCUCUUUGGUGGUUAUGGGAGAGACGACUCUUUUAUAAGGUUUUCAAGCUUUCCUUCUUCGUGAAAUUCAGAUUGUGGAAAACUUUUAAACAAUGGAAACACAUAAUUCAUAGACAGAGAAACAAAGGAGCUCAAGGAAAACUGUAUAGAUCUCUUUUCAUGCUGAAUGAAGUUCUCCAAGGCUGUUUGAUACAUGUACAAAGUUUGUGUGAAAAUGCAAGGAAUGUUAUCAAAGAAGGAGACACAAGCAGCGUUAUCUCCCUUCUAGAGCUGGAACCAGUUGUGACCAUGACCUUACAGAAGUUUGAAAGUAUUCAGAAAAAUAGAUGCGACAGAGCUUUGCAGCAACUGUUUUCACUUCGGGAAAACAUAGUUCACAUUGCCUGGGAGUCAUGUACUACUGUAGCAGAAAUGGAAGGCAUAUCACAAGGAAUCAGAGAUAACAAGAACAGUGGAGUACACUUACAACUUCAAGCUGUUCAAGGCGGUUGUCAAUCUCAGCAAGAAAAAAUAAGUCACAAAGAAAUUUCAGAGAAGAACGAAAAAG